AUGCGGCCAGGAACUCGACCCAAAGAGAUCCACACCAAACACCUCACGGAGCGAGAGCGCUUCCGCGUCCGGACCCUCUACUACGACGCCUCCAUGAGCAAGAAGCGCAUCGAGGAGGUAACCGGCUACUCCAUCAGCCAGAUCCGCACCGCCAUCCGCGCCAAGUCCUCCGCCAUCCCACCGCGCUCUGGCCGUCCUAAAAAAGGAAACAACAACAAUAAAGACCAGUCCACAACAGACGAUGCCAGUCCAGGUCAAGUAUCAGAGGACUCAACCCUAGUCCCGCGGGACAGCAGUCCCCCAGAAGAAGGCGUCGACGCCGUCGCUGCUGCCGCCGCCCAGCCUCAGCCGCAGUACUCCGGAUCGGGAUGGGGCCUAAACCGUCUCCCGCCCUCUCUGCGGCGAUACAUCUGGCAUCUCGUGCUAACCACUCCCAUCCCAUCUCCCUCCCCUUCCACCCCACUAUCCUACACAUGGCACAUCACCCGCCUCCCCCACCCCCCGUUUCUCGUCGCCAGCCCCUUCCCCGAACCCUGGGCCACCACCACCACCUCCACCUCCACCCACUGGCGCGCGACCUACCUCGCGCACCGCCAGCCCGCCGCCCGCCUCCUAUGCCACACGUGCCGGGAGUCGCGCCGCGCGGUCCUCGACGCCUUCGUCCCCGUGUUCUCCGACGCCGUCGGGCUGCCCAUGCUCGGGUCCCCCGUCCGGUUCCUGUGGGUCGACCUCCGGAACGACAGGUUCUACUACAAGGAGCAAGAGGACGGGAACCAGGACCAGGACCAGGGCCAUAACAACGGUAACGGGAACCGCGCCGCCGCUACUCCUACUACUACUGCUGCUGCUGCUGCGUCUCUGCCCGUCUUGCUCGACAAGUCGCGCGCUGCCGUGUUGCCCGAUUUGGGCCGGCUGCUCGCUAGCACUAGUAAUGCUGCUGAUGAUGUUGAUGUUGCUACUCCUGAUCGGAACGGCGGUUACGCCCGGCGGUAG